AUGAAGGUGGGGCUGGUGGUGGAGCCGGUCCUGACGCACGCGUGGCACGAGGCCGUCUUGGGCUGCUGCGGUCGGGGUGGGGCAGUGGUGGAUGUGGGCGGUAACUAUGGCUGGUUCAGCCUCUUCAGCCUGGCGCUCGGCUGCCGCGUCACCGUCUUUGAGCCCGUGCUCGGCCUCGGUCUCGCCCUCAACCCCGGCUUCGCGACACGCGCGACGGUGCACCCGCUGUUGGUGCACGACGGCCCACCAAAGAACUUCAGCAUCCGCGCGAUGGUGGGGGAGAAUGGUGCGCUCAAGCUCGGCAACAAGUGGGUCAUCACCCGCGAGGUGCAGCGGCGCAGCACGCGGCUCGACGACGUGGUGGAUGGGCAGGACGAGGCGGAUGUUGAGGGCUACGAGCCACAAGCGAUACGCAUGCUGACCGCCCUCUUCGCCCUCGGGUACAGCGCACGGCAGAUCGCGCAGCCUUACCUGACCAAGUCGAGGGAGCUGCCGACCAGACCGUGGCACAUGGCGCCCGGCCCUUGGGCCGCCGAAAGCCUCCGCACCUUCCCCAGCAAGACUGCGUACCAUGCGUACCACCGGCUCCGCACAAGGCCGGAGGUGGUCGCCGCCGCGCGUAGCGGGGGUGGGAGCGCGGCCGACAGCGUGCCCAGCGCCGGCGUGUGGGAGGCGGCCGCCGCCCUCGUCGACGUGACUAUCCGCGCCGACAUCUCUCAGUACUCCACAAACUUCAUGUUCCGCCUCGACGCGCCGAACAUGACCGGGGCGCCGAAGCUGAAGCUCUUGGCUGAGCAACUUGUAAGCGAACGGCACCGUGCAAGGCCAAUAAGGGCGACCCGGAUGGAUCCAGAGGCGGCGGGCUUCGACGUCACCGACUGGCCGGCGCUUGCGUGCAAAUGGGAGCGCUCGUCGGAGUGA